UAAAAUGAUUGCAACACAUCGACAAACCGAUGUGUGUAUUGAUUCGAGCAAAAAGUGCUCGAAAAAUACACCACAAAGCAAUGCUAAAAAUAUGUAAAGCAACGUAAACAAAACAUGAACUGAUUUCAACCGGUAAUCGUGGUUUAAUUGUGCAGUUUCUUUUAUCAGAAUACCCUUCGCAAGGUAUGAAAAUAUUGCAGCUUUUCCGCGACAUGUCCAGUAAGUCGAAAGCAUCGAAAACUGCGAAAAAUGCCGGUAAGCAGGUUGGAACUACGGCUGCUGCAGCACAACAGACACAAGGACCGGUCUACGUAGAUCCCAAAACAGGAGCUGUGAUGAUCAAGAUUCAGGCAAAGCCGGGAGCCAAGUUUAACGGAAUAACUGAUAUCCACGAAGAUGGUGUUGGAGUACAGAUUGCUGCUCCACCAAUCGACGGCGAAGCCAACACCGAACUAGUCAAAUACCUGGCUAAGUUGCUGGAACUGCGCAAAAGUGACGUCAGUUUGGACAAGGGCUCCAAGUCCCGCCAGAAAACGGUGGUACUGGAGAAAGGAUGCCGCACCCCGGAACAGGUGCUGGAGUGUUUUCGGAAGGAAGCUCAACAAACGUAAUCCGUCGGUUUUAGCUACAUACUUUUUCUUUUAUUUUCCUCACAUUCUACGUGUAUAUUUAUACUUUUUCCUCCAACGAAUAAAAUCAUUGUAAAACGA